AUGGAUUUGGUGAGGACCAUUAACUUGCUCGGAAAUGAAGCCGGAGUGCCCUCUAAGAAAAUGGCCAUCGCCGACUACGGUCAGACGAUGCCAGAUGCUUGUACAAACAUUUUCCAUCUUCAGACGAACCCAGAGAACCCAAAACUUGGUGGGAUCGUGAUCGAGCUCUUCGCCGACAUAAAUCCAAUAACUGUGGAGAACUUCUGA